AUGUGGCUCUUGCGGGUCUGCUCGUCGGCCUUCUUCCUCGCCGUCACCGUCUCAUCCAUCCCACUGGCCUUCGAUGUGGGCGGAAAGACAUGUGGCCUGGCCUUCUCGCUCUCCCUGGCCAGCUUCCACUUUCUCUUCUCCCUGCUAAAGCUCACCACCCCCGAGCGCUCGUGGUUCCGCUCCUCCUUGAUCGUCGUCAUCCGCUCAACGCAAUGGAUCCUGGUUCCGAUUCUUCUGAUUUGGUCUCUGAAUCGAUUUUCAGUCGAUGCGGACAGCUCGGGUGGCUGGGUGGAGCGCACGUUUCGUGGGAACCGCGCGCAGUUUUCUUCCCUGCAGGAAUGGCUCUUCGGGCGCGAUGGCUUGAUCGAGACCGUGACGCUGGGUAACUGGGACAGACUUCUGCGCUGGUCCACCCCCGUCUUCCAGCUGGCGGAAGGGUUCUGCAGUCUACUGGUCAUCCAGGCUGCCGGGCAGAUUACCCGGUGGCUCGUGAAUCGAGGCGGACGGAGCGACAGCUGGAUGAUUGGUCUGCUAGUUCUCUCUGCAACGAUUAUUUCCAGCUCUGUCUACUUCCUGUGGCGCGUUUUGCAAUUCCCCGAAAUCUCCAACGUCGACGCCGCCUUGAUCGGAGUUUCAAUCACAUGCGCCGUCAUCCUGUGCGCCUGGGGGAUAGGCAGUGGGCGCGGAAAUCCGGUAGAAAGCUCUCUACUCUUCGCCUACAUCGUUCUCUGCAUCUAUCAGAUCUUCACGGACUACCAACCAUCCCACCCGGUGGAUCAGAUCCCGUCGCCGUCGCAGGCGGGAGACUUUCCCCCACUUCCGCCCAUUUUCAUGGCGUCGUACACCACGCUCAUGCACGCGCUGUCUCUGCUGCCGUCGAUCAUCCACGCGGCGGCCAACGUGAUCACAGCCGUCUUCAGCGCCGUGACGCCAUCCGUUUUGAUUUCGCUCGCGUACCGACUUUUUGUAUUGUACGCAUCGACGCGCAUCAUCCCUGCGGUCCGCGAAUCUGGCGCCCGCGCUCUAUCUCAGGAGGCCUCGAUUGACGAUGACGAUGCGGCGGGUCAGAUGCUGGGCUUCCUGAGCUAUUUCUCACCGACCAUCCUUAUCGCUGUGUACACCAGCCUCCUGAUGCAACAUUUCUCGUCGGCUUCUCAGGCCAUGGGUGGCAGCGGUGAAUGGUGGAGUAGUCAAGGCGGUGGUGGGGGGAAUCUGUGGCGCUGGAUCAAUCUGCCUUGCACGAUGGCUCUUUAUGCAGUUGAGCUGUGGCUCGGGGAGCACAAUGAUCUCGACAACGGCCUGGCAGGCCACUGGAAGACCGACUGA